ACCACACCGAGAUGACACCAUCGCUUCCGAUAGUCGUUGACGGACGAACCGAUCAACCCAACCAACAUCCCCCAAGCCGGCCAAGCGCACCCACGUCGUCUUCCCUCCCUUCCUUCUCCUCCCCACCACAUCGAUCGUUCGGCCGAAACCCACGGCAAGCUCGGCGGAGCAAAGGAUCUCGACCGCCGCGAUAGCCCGACAUGGUGCUGCUACCGGGGGCUGCCUCGUCGUUGCUCCUCCUCUUCCUGCUGUUCGCCACGGCGGCGGCCGCGGCAGCGCCCAUGGAGCUCUACUUCUCGCAGGCGGAGCUGGCGCGCAUUGCCGGGUACGGCGAGGAGCCGGUCUCGACGGUGCUGGUGUCCGGGCAGGUCGCGUGCCAGCUCUGCCUCCGGCCGGGCUCUGACCUGCUCACCUUCGACCUGCCAGGUAGUAGGGUGGCAGUAACCUGCACAACCGAAGGUCCCAACACGAUGGCUAACUCUGCGUCUGCAACAACAAAUGAGUACGGCAAUUUCUCCAUAGAGCUCCCGUCCCGGCUCCACGCUACACCGAGCCUAGAGACUGCAUGCUCAGUCAAGGUGCUGGAGCUUCCGCCGGACUCCGCGUGCCGCGUCGGGGGCGGUCGCGGCUCCUCUCACGGCCUCCGGCUAUCUUCAUCGGACGGCGGCGUCCGCACCUACACAACAGGGGUGAUACGGCUGCAGCACGGCGGCACACCGUCCGGCAAGUGCGUGCAGGAAGAAGACACGAGUGAUAGGAGAUGAACGAUCAGUUCGGUCCUUCAAGAGAAUGUAAAGAUCAACUGGAGGUGCUGCUUUCGCCUCCCGCAUGGCGUAUAGCAUUGAUGAAACACAUACAUGUUGUAGAUUAUAGGUGUGUUUGAUAGACAGUCUCCUCACUCUGGUAUGGCUAUUCUCUCCCGAGACAUGUUGACCAGACCAGAGCAAGUUUGUGUAUAUACAACUGCGAUGAUGUAAGUAUUUAAUAGCAUGUUCUCAUGUUGAGACAUGCAAGAUGA